AUGGAGAAUUAUCAAAAAAUCGAAAAAAUCGGUGAAGGAACAUAUGGUGUCGUUUACAAAGCAAAACAUAAAGCUACAGGCCGAAUUGUAGCUAUGAAAAAGAUACGAUUAGAAGACGAGUCGGAAGGUGUUCCUAGUACCGCUAUCCGUGAAAUUUCGCUGUUGAAAGAAGUGAACGAUGAAAACAACAAAUCUAACUGUGUUCGGCUGUUGGACAUUCUUCAUGCAGAAUCAAAACUCUAUCUUGUGUUCGAGUUCCUCGACAUGGACUUAAAAAAAUACAUGGAUAAAAUUCCAGAGACCGGUGCUACGCAACUUGAUCCCCGGCUUGUGCGCAAAUUCACAUACCAACUCGUCAACGGUGUCAACUUUUGUCACUCCCGUCGUAUUAUCCAUCGUGAUUUGAAACCUCAAAACUUGCUGAUCGACAAAGAAGGCAAUCUGAAACUCGCCGAUUUUGGUUUGGCUAGAUCGUUUGGCGUGCCUCUCAGGAACUACACUCACGAGAUUGUCACAUUAUGGUAUCGUGCACCAGAAGUGCUUCUUGGUUCACGUCAUUACUCGACGGGCGUGGACAUUUGGAGCGUCGGUUGUAUAUUUGCUGAAAUGAUCCGUCGUAGUCCGUUGUUUCCUGGUGAUUCAGAAAUUGAUGAAAUCUUUAAAAUCUUCCAAGUUCUUGGAACUCCUAACGAAGAGGUGUGGCCCGGUGUUACGUUGUUACAAGACUACAAGUCUACCUUCCCCCGUUGGAAACGCAUGGAUUUGCACAAAGUUGUUACUAAUGCCGAAGAAGAUGCCGUAGAGCUGCUAACUGCUAUGUUGGUUUACGAUCCUGCACACAGAAUCAGUGCCAAGCGUGCUCUUCAGCACAAGUACUUGCGUGACUUUCAUUAG